UAAUUUUAAAAAGAGAGCGCCUCAGAUUUAAUGCUUCCCUAAAAGCAUCAAGCAGGAAAGAGUAGGGGUGUAAGGUGAGGGCUCCAAAAUAUCAUUAGUAAGUAACAACGCUUCAGUUUGAUAAGAGCAGAGAAGCUGAUGUUUUUCAUUAAUCAACCAGUUACUCCUUUUUUUUUUUUUUUUUUUUCCCCUAAGCACAGUGGUAAACCCCAGUCUUGCAAACACGUAGGCUUGUGAUUCACUUUAUGAACUCCGAGUUCAGUGGAACUGCUUUCGCCUGGACAGUUAUGUACAAGUGUUUUUAACAUAGCCAACAGCAAGGAGCAUUUUAAAAAAAAAUAUCUGUCCCCCCAAGAACUGAGACAAAAAAAAAAAAAAAAAAAAAAAAGUCCUCGAGGGCACAAGGACCUUGGCACUCAAAUACAUAGAUGUUAAAUGCAUAGAGGGUCCUGACUGCGGGUUAAGCUCUGCAUGGGUGAGUAACUGCUUUGGGCUAUUUGCCCUUUGGGAGAUCGUCCCUGUGUGGUUUCCCGGAGGACCUAAGUUUGCUGCAUGAAGUGUUUGAUGCCUGCCAGAGCUGUGCUGUGAUAAUGGGACUUGCUUGAAGCGCAGCGUUUAUGUUACUGCACGUGUUGUAUGAAGAGCUGCAAAUAGUGCUGGGGUUUUCUCAACAGUUUGUUUCCAUGAGCAUCGUGUCUUUGUCACAGUGAACUAAACAUUGCCGGAUUCUCGAAUUUGAUGAAUCAGGGGUUGCAUACGACACUUAAAACACGUCUCACUUCAUAAGGCUAUUUUAAAAUUGUAGCUUUUUCUAGGAGGGAGAAGUUGAUAAGGGCAAUAGUGCCUGAUGAGAUUUAGGAUGAGGUUUACUGUUUGGUUUUACUUUACAGGGCUUGUGUUACUGAUAACUGGCUUUAGGGGGUCACUGAGGACGUGGUGAGAUAUUUCUUCAUUAAAGAAAUAGACCGUCUCUUAGAGCUUUUUGACUAUUUCUUAGAAUUAUAAUUAAAGGAAAUUAAAAGAAAAAUUUUCCCUGUUGGAAUCACUGUUAAACUACAUGCCACAGCACCCAUGUGCACAGACGUUCAUUUGUAGCUAUUUAAAGAAUGCUGUGAGGGAGUUAAUGCACAGAUUUUUAAAGUCAUUUUUUCAUAGGACUGGUGUACCAGUGUAACCCUACCAUGGAGAAAAAUACUAUAGUUCACUCUAGUACCAUAAUUGUAAUAUGUUUAAUGUGGUUUGGAAUAAAUAGAAGUACUGUUGUCUGGUAGAUUGACCACAAAAAUGGGAACUCCUAGAUUCUGCUUCCCUUUAUGACCUUGGACAAGUCACUUGAAUUCACAAGUUUUGUUGCAUGCUCUACCAGUAGAGAAAGGGAUACUUCCCCUGUGCUUAGCUGCUAGUGUUGGGGACAAAGUGAGCGCCUUGGAGAUGAAACUGUAUUCUUGAAGCGCUUUAAAAAAUAAAACGAUGUUGUGCAAUAAAUGUGGACAGCUUUGUCAUUGCUUUUGUAGGUUCUGCUCUUGGAACUGGAGCCACAUGGGCAAGUCUUUGUGUUUGUACAAGGCCCUGUGGAGCUUUCGGCAAAUACUCGUUCCCAUGUAUAAAGAUGUCCUUAGUGGACUUAGGGAAGAGGUUGCUAGAAGCAGCUCGCAAAGGCCAAGAUGACGAAGUGCGAACGCUGAUGGCAAACGGUGCUCCUUUCACCACUGACUGGCUUGGGACAUCGCCUCUUCACCUUGCUGCCCAGUAUGGCCACUAUUCAACAGCGGAAGUGCUGCUUCGAGCCGGUGUUAGCAGAGAUGCCCGAACUAAAGUGGACAGGACUCCGCUACACAUGGCCGCAGCGGACGGACACACUCAUAUUGUAGAAUUGCUGAUUAGGAACGGGGCUGAUGUAAAUGCCAAGGAUAUGCUGAAAAUGACUGCUUUACACUGGGCAACAGAGCACAACCAUCGAGAUGUCGUAGAGUUGCUGAUCAAGUAUGGAGCUGACGUUCAUGCUUUCAGCAAGUUUGAUAAAUCGGCUUUUGAUAUUGCUUUGGACAAGAACAAUCCGGAGACUCUAGUAAUGUUACAGGAAGCAAUGCAGAAUCAGGUAAACACACAUCCAGAGAGAACGAAUCCUGUCGCAAACACGGUCACCGUCACGUCACCGUUUAUUCUUGCAUCAGGAGAAGUUCUCAAUCUUGCUAGUCUUGUUUCUUCAGCAAACACAAAAACAACCUCAGGUGAUUCAGAUGUAUCCACGGUGCAGUUCUCCAAUUCAACGACCUCUGUGCUUGCCACGCUCGCAGCCCUCGCUGAAGCGUCAGCACCUCUUUCCAACGCAGGCAGAACUGCAGGUAAUGCAGAGGAAAUAGUGGAAGUGAAUUCUGUUGAUUCUGCCAUACAACAAGUGGUUGGCAGCGGAGGGCAGCGAGUUAUCACAAUUGUAACAGAUGGAGUUCCCCUGGGCAGCCUGCAAGCAGCGGUACCCGCGAGUGGCCUCAGCCAGCCGUUCAUUGUAACCAUGCAAGAUGGACAGCAAGUUUUAACUGUACCUGCUGGUCAGGUUGCAGAAGAGACUAUUAUUGAAGACAGUGAUGAUGCGGAAGAGGAAGAAGAGCCACCAGUCAAGAAGCAAAAAGCAGAACAAAAUGUAAAUGACUUGGAGGAAGACAAGGACAGCGAUGAAAGGGAAGUGCUACAGCAGCAGCUGCAAGAGGCAAACCGGAAGGCUCAGGAAUAUCGAAGCCAGCUCAUGAAGAAAGAGCAGGAGGCAGAGCAGUACCGGCUUAAGCUGGCAGCCAUGGUGCGGCAGCAGCCCAACGGGACGGAGGUGACGGUGCUCGAAGAGGUCGCCGAGGUGGACACGGUUAUAGUAACCACAGAAGACAUAGAGGGAUCCACAAUGGCUGUGGUGGAAAUGGAUCAGCCGACUGAUAUCGCUGUGGAAACUGUAACCUCCUAAUCCUGGGUUAUUGACUUUGUUUUUUACAGGAAAAUAACCAUUUUUUAUAAUAUAUAAAGGUGCUGUCAGCAAGUAGCACUGGGAGCAGAGGGCUGUUGUCAGAUCCACUGCGUGACUGCAAAAAUCACGUGAUGGGACUGCCUACGUGUUCCCAUCAGCAGGGAUAGAAGCUUCUCGAGCAGCUCACAACAUAACUCUGCUUUCAGCACAGCGCCAAAAGGUGCUUUUAAAGCUUGACCUUGAAUGAUUGGAAGCUUUUACAAAUUUUAGCCAGCAGGUGACCUGAAGGCUUAGCUUGUAAUGUUAAUACCUGCAUUGUUGGGAGUGGAAAAGAAAUACCUCAAUGCCAAAGUAGCUGGUAUUAGCUCUCAGCUGCCCUGAAAUUACAGCACUGAAAACAGGCUUUAUGCAAUGACCUGAGAUGUUUGCUCCCUUCUGUGAAGUUGAGUGACCAGAUCUGGACCUUCGGAAAAGCAGUCUCUUGGGGUGUUUGUUUUGCUUUAAAAUCAUCAGAGGUGGUGGUAUUUCAUCACCUAAACCAAGCUGGAAAAUGAAUUGGACUCGAACAAUUACGAUUUUUUUGUUUUGUUUUUUUGUUUUUGUUUUCCAAAGAAAUGAAUCUAGCUCACAUUGAGGCAACCUUCAAUGCAAGAGUAAGGCCUAGGCUGAGCGUGCGUGAACUUGAGCAUUUUCAGAUAUCAGGGAAUAUUACACUGUGUCCUCUUUGGACUGUUUUAGGAACAGAUUUGGGCAGCUCCACAGCAGACUUAGCUACCUAAAGGGAUCAUGAAAAAUUCCUCAUCAGUUUUAUGAAACGUACUCAAAUGUUCUGUUUGACUCUUUUGUGCUGAACAGUAGCACUAACUCUGAUUAUAUAUGCAAAACUAAACAUACGCCGGUUGUUGCAAGACAGCUGGGGAGCUUAGUUUUCUCUGGAGAUAGAUACGUCGCUUUUUUACUAAACUGUUUUUAAAUAUACUGAAACCUUUUUUAACAAGCAGCUGAUUUUGUUACUAAAAUGUGUAAUUUUUUUACUCUUUGCAGGCUUGUUUAGUAAAGAGGAUACCUAAACAGUUUCCUCUUAGCAGGCUUGUGGGUUAUGCAUUUCAAGACAGCAGGGGAACUGAUUGGAAGCUCUCUGAGAGUAAUCAUGUGGCGCUUGAUAAUGAAAGAUUAUUCUGUCUCAGCAACCAUGAGGGAAACAAGGGAAGUUGAGAAAAAUACCAUAAUGCAAGCUGUUCAGUUGGUUGCAAGAAGGUUACCAAGGCUAGAAAUGACUUCUAGCUCCAAAGGCCCGAGCAGCUGGCCUGCUUUCCGAAGGCAUUCUGAAACAUCUCCUUGCAAUGAUAAAAAUUCAUCGCUGCUCUGGCCCAUAGUUUACUGUUUUCUUGUCCUACUUUUGUAACCGUUGGCAGUAUUCGUGGUAAUCAUUCAAUUUCAUGGUCCUUGCAUUGCUUUUUUCCUGUUAUUUCCAAGUGUGUCCAGAUAAUAGGGUUUUAUGUUGGUUCAGAUACUGCCUUUGUUAUGUUUCUUUGCUGAUAAAUAAGCCCAUAUCGUGAUGUUUGAGAUGUAACAGAGAGUUACGAGUUCGUUAAGCUAUGAACUUAGGAUCGCAGAUCUGAAUGAGUUUGUUCUUCCAAGAAGCAGCUGCUUUUUGCCAUAAAAGCAGCCUUCGAGAUUGUGGGUUAGUGAGUGCCGCAGAGCAGUUGGUUUCUGAUCGGUAGCGGAGGCUUUGCCGGUCGGCUCGCGACGAAGUGGUGUGGCCUCGUUCGUGCCGGUACCCGCGUGUCGAAGAAACGGUUGCGAGGCUUUGCUGUGGUUGGACGGCUGGCGUUCGCCCCUCUCCCCCGGCGAAGCUCUCGCAUCCAGACUCUCGUUCUCGGAUCCAGCACCCUUAGGUUUAUUGGACCGCGUGCUUUGGUCUGAAGGAAAGGUCUGAUCUGCCAAAAUCGCGUGUUUGGCAACAUUGAACAGUGUUUAACGGGUUGGGUUCGCCAACAAGUUUUAGGAAAGAAAGGUUUAUGAAACUAUUAUUGUAAAGACUUCACAGGACUUGCUGGUUUGGAGGAUCUAAGUGCAUUUAUUUAUAACCAGUGUAGCUAUAUUUAUAAAUAAGACUUUAUCUUUUUCCAAAAGAUAUUUUGAAGAAGGCUUUAAUAAUUAUUUUGAAUGAAUGAAUGUUUGAAGAAACUCAGUUCAUGACUAUUGAUUACUUCAAUUCUAUGCAGUCAGUAUUCCUCUGUGUUAAGUUAUUUUCUGUUGUUGCCCGGCACAUCAAAAAUUUGCGUCUGUUUGAUGAACUGCAAAUCUGUAUUGGAAGGUCCAAGAUGGUAUCGCAAUAAAUCUAGACAGAUUCUUCUAGUUAUGUUGUACCCAGAAAUGUUUACAGAUGCAAAGGGAAACUGCCAACUUUGGAUUCUGCAUUUUGCCUGCAGUUAGUGGUUAUUAUUUGUAAAUUUGAAGAGUCCUACAGCUGAGGCAGCUGUAGUAUAAAUACUGUGUUGUGCCUUUGACAGCACUUUGAUUCUCAUUUCUUUCCAUGCUUCCCCUGCUCAGGGUCAGUUGUGCAAAAAGUCCCUUCAGCUGGGAAACAAACUUCCCCUUCAGAAGAGAAGAAAAAAGUCCGUGGCAUUCACAGUAAUUGGAUUUCUUGUAUAGAAUUGGAACAAAUAAAGCUGACAGUGUUCUUAGUGCGUCGCCUUGUGCGGAGAAAUCACGCAUUAAUUUUAUUUUUGGAAGUACUUGCAUACGGAGUCUGAACAAAGACUGAGAAGUAUUUGAUCUAUGCCCAGCAUUUAGAAAGAAUUUAAACUCGCCUGUAUCCUCUGCUAUGCCACAGAAAGGACUGGGGGUUUUUAAGCAAAGAACAGCAGUUUUCUUGUCAACGCGGCGUCAGAUGUGGCAGUGUAGGUCUGUUGUUGCGGGCGGGAGUAAGCGGCGGGUUUGUAGCAUGUAAAUAAAAAAAAAAAUUCCCUGUGCACCCACCCACUGAAGCAAGGGCUGGACUUUGCCAUGUUGGCGCUUUCGUUAUCCGCCCCGUCUCGCUCCGAGCGCUUUUUUUAACCGCUUAUUGCUAUACGAGCACAGGAUUUUAAAGGGUCCAAACGCUUCGCUCCUAACGCUGCGUUGCCGCCGCCGCCGAGCGCUCCCCAUCCUGCCUGCCCGCGCAGCCAGCCCCGCUUCCCAGCCUGGCUCGGGCUCGUCUGUGCACUCGGAAUCGCGUCUGUCGUCGUGUGCGUGUUGGGGAGGGCAGAGGAAACCCCACCGAUUUCCCAGGGACGCUUAGGCAGAACUCCUCGGUCUAGUUCCCUCCUUUCCCCCUUUCAGUCUUCUGAAAACAUUAAUAUUUCUGUCCUGCAAAAAUCCCAGAGGGCAGUGAACAUCCAGCUCCAGCUGGUGCGGCCUGAAGGGCCCUUUGCACAGAUAAAACUUACUGGGCUGAGAUUUGGGUCCUGUCUAGAAUUUAAUUCCCAUCUGCCUGUGCCAAGAGUUCGACCCGCGUAUCGUUAACGUGAGUUGUUUCUCCUCAGUGGUGGAGAUGAUUUGGUGCUAAUUGAACCAGCAGUUUAGCUUUGAUUAGACAUCUGUUUCCUUGGUUUUGCAGUAGCUGGAUGUAAAUGUUUCCCGCUGUCCUGAAUAGGAAGUAGGACGUCGUGAAUCCUGUCCCAGGAUGAGAUAAGGAAUCUUCCACCGCUUGCAGAAACGUGAGCUACAUCUUUCUCAGCAUUUAGGGAUUCAUUUGGGCUGUGAGUUAAGCUGCGAGUGCCUUACUGCGAAGCUCCCCAGAGCGGAGCAAUUCUCCCCAAGAUUUCAGCUGGGUUUUUUUUUUUUCCUCCCCGCUGUCGAAUUCCCGUUUGGUCCCGGCGGCGUCGCCCGCGGCGCGGCUCUGGGCGCUCGCCGGCCUCUGCCGCGUCGGAGCGUUUCUCUCACCUCGCCCCUCCUACGGGAGCGCGUUUUCGCCCCGCGCCGGCUUGGGCGCCCGUUCGGCGCGGAGCCCCGUUGGCCAGGACCCAAGCGACUGCAAAGCGCCGGCGAUAGCUUCACGUACGGGAUCCACGUCGGAAAGCGCGCGCGUUCCUGCCCGCGCGUUGGGCACCACGUUUGCAAACGGUGACAUUUGAGCGUAUAUAUACCUUUUUUUUUUUUUUUUUUGUAUUACGUUUCUUAAUAAAAUAU